UCCUCCCAUUGAGCGAGGCUGUGUCGCGUGGCCCAGCGUCGGCGUGACGGUUGGACGCGGGCGCGGCACUGCGGGUCCCGAUUGCUGCAGCCGCUUGUCAGUGUGAUGAAGAUUGGCACCCAGACCGCAUUUGCUUUUGACUCAAGAUGAUUUGAUGUCUUGUAAUAACACUCUCAUUAACCAUGAUGGCUACACAGACAUUAAGUAUAGACAGCUAUCAAGAUGGGCAACAAAUGCAAGUAAUAACAGAGUUAAAAACAGAGCAAGAUCCUAACUGCUCUGAGCCUGAUGCAGAAGGAGUGAGCCCGCCUCCCGUGGAAUCUCAGACGCCGAUGGACGCAGACAAGCAGGCCAUUUAUAGGCACCCCCUGUUCCCACUGUUAGCUUUGUUGUUUGAAAAAUGCGAGCAGUCUACCCAGGGCUCCGAAGGCACAACUUCGGCCAGUUUUGAUGUGGAUAUUGAAAACUUCGUAAGGAAGCAAGAGAAGGAAGGAAAACCGUUCUUUUGUGAAGAUCCGGAAACUGACAAUUUAAUGGUAAAAGCAAUCCAGGUUUUGCGUAUUCAUCUUCUCGAGCUGGAAAAGGUUAAUGAACUCUGCAAAGAUUUCUGCAGCCGAUACAUUGCUUGUCUAAAAACGAAAAUGAACAGUGAAACUCUGUUGAGUGGAGAACCCGGAAGUCCAUAUUCCCCUGUACAAUCCCAGCAGAUCCCGAGUGCCAUCACGGGUACGCUCAGCCCCCAGGGAAUCGUGGUGCCCGCGUCCGCCCUGCAGCAGGGAAACGUAACCAUGGCAACAGUGGCAGGUGGCACAGUUUACCAGCCUGUCACAGUGGUCACUCCACAAGGUCAAGUAGUGACACAGGCGCUGUCGCCAGGAACGGUUAGGAUCCAGAAUUCACAGCUCCAGCUGCAGUUAAACCAAGAUCUCAGCAUCUUGCAUCCAGACGACGGCUCGUCUAAGAAUAAGCGGGGUGUCCUGCCAAAGCACGCCACAAACGUGAUGCGGUCGUGGCUCUUCCAGCACAUCGGGCAUCCCUAUCCUACAGAGGAUGAGAAAAAACAGAUUGCUGCUCAGACCAAUUUGACACUACUCCAAGUUAACAACUGGUUCAUCAAUGCUAGACGACGGAUUCUUCAGCCAAUGUUGGAUUCCAGCUGUUCAGAAACUCCAAAAACAAAGAAAAAAACUGCUCAGAACAGACCAGUCCAGAGGUUCUGGCCUGACUCCAUUGCGUCAGGAGUUGCCCAGGCACCACCGAGUGAGCUCACCAUGUCAGAAGGAGCCGUUGUCACGAUCACCACGCCCGUGAACAUGAACGUGGACAGCCUGCAGUCCCUGUCCUCGGACGGGGCCACCCUGGCGGUGCAGCAGGUCAUGAUGGCGGGCCAGAGCGAGGACGAGUCUGUGGACAGCGCGGAGGACGAUGGGGGCGAGCUCAGCACCACUCACAUCAGUGGCCUGGUCUUGGAGAACAGCGACUCCCUGCAGUAGGGCCGGCGGGGGCGGGGGGGCACACGGCAGCCAGGACAAGGAGCAGACUUGCCUGACUUUUUAUAGUUUGCACAGCAAACGUUUUACACAAGUUUUAUUUCUAAUAUGUUUUAUAUGUAGAUAUAGAAGAGUGCACUUUUGUAUUUCAUAGUAAGCUUAAAGAGCGUCUUUGCUGGUUCAGCGACUUCUUUCAAACGUGUGUGUGUGAGUGCGGGUGCGUGUGUGUGUUUAAUUUUAAGAAAAUUCUUUAAAGGUUUAACGCUAGGAACGCGGUGAAUGAGACACCCCGGGCCCGUAGAUUAAGGAAGUGCCGCCACGUCCUAAGCUGCGCAGCCUGGCCCGGGCCGUGUGCUGACCUGUGUGCCCACCUGUGUGAAAGAAGCCCCUGCACCUGAACGGCCAGCGAGGUGGGUGGCGACCCAGCAACCAGCAGCGCCUGAGCGCGCAGUGAACGCGUGGUGGUCGGCCUAAGUUUAAUUUCUCUCGCAUUCACUGAGCCUGUUUCCUUUGGUAUAUAUGAAAAGAAACGCCUAUUUUUACCUUGCUGGAAUUAUUGGAUAAAAAAAGCUAUUUUUAUAAAUUCGCUUUGAAUUGGAUUAUGACUAUACUGAGGAUGAAAUUUCUAGAGAAGAAACAAUACACGUGUAGUACUUCAAUUUGGACCAAAUUUGAUGGACCUGCCUAAAGUUAGCUAGCAUUCCACGGUUCUCCGCUCUCCCUGGCAGUGACGUACAUUUACUGCCAGAAAAGAAACCGCUCUUCGGUGCAGUUGCGGUCUCUCCCAAUUUCGGUUUGUACGCAGCGCUCAGACUGCAUCUUUCACUUGAUGUAAUCACAUUUCUGAAGGUAUUUGCUAAUAGGACUGCAGGUAAGGUAAGUGAAAAUGGCAGCCAGUAAUCAGUUCAAAGCUCUUACCAUUCAUACGCUUUCAGUCUAAUUUAAAUCUGACCACAGUUAAUGGUCAUCUUUAACUGCGUGUGGUUUGAGAGUUUUUAAGUCAAUCAUACGUUACGCGUAGAAUGUUUAUAAUCAGUAACAGGAAAUGUCCUCUACUCAGAGCUGGUGUAAGUAACAAAUGUCCAAACUGUCACACAAUCACAGACACCCAGGAAGUGACAGGGAUGAAUUGAGCUGUGACAACGGGGUGACGAAGAUGCCCCUCUGCUGGACGGGGUGACGAAGAUGCCCCUCCACUGUGGGCUCACGCACACAUGCUGCUGGCCUUGAUGUCACUAUUUCCUUGCGUUUUUUGCUUUGGAAUUUCCAGGGUCCCCUGCUCUGACACGACCAUGCGGGAUUUGGAGUAAUCUCACAGCCAUGUUUUCCUGGUAACAAAACCAAAGGAAACCCGCUGCCGUCAAGUCGGUUUCACCUCCUACUGACCCUGUAGGACAGAGCUGAACUGCCCUACAGGGUUUCCAAGGCUGUCACCUUGACAGAAGCGGGCUGCUGCGUCUUUCUCCCGCGGAGUGGCUGGUGAGUUCGAACCACUGACCUCAUGGUCGGCGGCUGAGCACUUAACCACUGCUCCACCAGAGCAAGACAAAUCAAAAGAGUGCUGGGUUUUGUUUUCCUUGGCUUGCUUCUGUUUGUUUACUGGGGAGUGGAGCUUCUCUCUGCGAGAAAAUAAACAGGCCGCCUUGUUUCACAGAGAAUUUCCUUCUGGAAUCUUAAGUGGAAUGCCCCAACUUCAGUUUGUUUAUAAAUGAUGGUUUUAUGGUUGGAAGGUCAUGAGUUCUUGAGAUUCAGCAAUAGUAACUGACUAUUGGACCAAGUUUACAUGGAAGGAGUAUUUUGGGCUAGCGCAGAUUUUUUUCCGGAAAUGAUUUUUUUUUUCCCCAAAAGACAUAUUAAUUAAAAUUAGUCAUAGGACAUUACUUCUUAGAUAACUUAGAUGGGGCAAGAAAUACAUAGAAAGUUGUUUUUAAAAAUUUCAGGAGCUUUAACUACAAGAGAUACUUGGCUCUAACUCUUUGGGGGAAGAAUAACAUUUUUAACCAGCCAUUGCAUUCCUUAUUUAUAAUGUUUUUACUGUUUUAAGUCGGGCCUACACAAGUCUAAAAGGUGAUGUUUCAUUUUAACUUAAAUUCCACUUUGUUAGGCUUCUUAUAACUAGCAGCUGUGGGUGCCAGCCCGCCCUCCCUUCCUUCCUUGCUCCCUCUGUCCCCUUUUCACUGCCCUGCCCACUUGUUUGGAUGAGUGAAAACGUGACUGGACUGGCACCCAUGUACAGGCCACUCACCUCCCCCACCAGGAAUCAUGUUCGCAGACUGCUGUUCCCCAGGGCGCCCUGCGGCGCCGGCGGCAGUGAGGCCUGUGCUGUGUGCACGUUCUGGCCCCCUGCUGAAUGACAGGCGUGUGCUGGGGACAGCUGACGGCAGCCUCCUGGCGCCAUCAGUUCUUACUUGCUAAAUUCAGAGGACUAGGAGAAAGAUCAUGUAGAGAAGUCACGGUGGACGAAGCCCGAGGUUCCUGUAACCUCCCCCAGUGGAGAACUAGGUGCUUUAAGUAAGCUCUCCCUGGCAAGCCCUUUUUGAUUCACGAAACCAUUCCUGGCAUGCUUGCUGCCAGGCUUGCACCUUAAAGACGCUGAUUUUCCAGUCCUCAGACCGUCAAGAGAAUUUGUGAAAGUACAUUCCCAUUGGGCUCGCAUUUUUAAAUCGUCAAAUUAAAUCCCAGCUUUGUUCUUAUUAAAUUCUUUCCUUAUGAAGGAUCCUUUUGAAUGUGUCUUGAGACCCAUAUUAAGCAUGUUGCUAUUUUUUCUUCUGCUCAGUGGUGGAGCAGAUCACUAGACUGGCUAGACAAGCUCCAGCCAGUGGACUAACUCAGCUUUCGAUUUGUUGAUUCCAGAUAGUAAAAUCAAUUUAAAUAUUUAUCCAGUUGGCAAAGUAAAGUACGAAGCCAGCAGGCUCACAGAUUGCAAAGCAAUGUUGCUAAAACAUGAUACCUAAGGGUUGGGUGAAUAAUUUCCGUGUUGCCUGUUGAAUGAUCUGUUUCUUGUGCAUCAGAGCACUUUUCCCUUUGAAAUGAACUCCAAGGUCCCGGUAAGGUGAUCUACCCGAGCUGCGGAAGGCCGUCUCUGGCAGUUGGUGACGGCAGUAAUUCCACCAUCCUCCUUUGCUUUAGUUACAUUUGGUCAAUGAAACUGACAAUCUUUAAAAUGUGAAUACUGUAACAAUAUGUUUUUCUUGGAUUGUUGUCUUUAAAAGGGAUUUUUGUGAAGCAAUUGAUUUAUCAAAGCAAAAAAAAAAAAACAAAUUAAAAA